AUGUACAGUAAUGGUAGGAAUGAAUCAACAUUCCAUUGUCUGAGAAAUAUUGUGAUGGAACAUCAGGAGCUGAUCAGAUACGUUGAAGAUGUCAAAAAAUCCUUGAAAUGGUACUUAUUUGGAGAAUUCUUGGUCAAAUCAUAUCAAAUAACAGUAUCGCUUGUGAACGUGAUACACGCAACCAGUAAGGGAGAAAUUGUUUUUUUCAUGUUCAUUCUGAUAGGGCUACUGAUUCAAGUCAUGAUGGUUUACUAUAAUGCCAAUGAGUUAUCAUUGAAAAGCACAAAUUUGAGCCUGAGAAUAUUCCAGGCUAAAUGGUACGAUCAAUGUUCUGAAGUGGUAAGAAGUCUUUCGAUUGUGAUGGCCAGAACACAAAGACCACUUGUACUUUCCAUCGGCGAUUUUCGAGUGAUCGACAACGAACUGAUUGUGAACAUAUUCAAAGCCGGUUACACGUUUCUAGUGUACCAGAAGAUGUAG